AAUUACACCUUUGAGUUUGGUGGGGCAUCUUCGUGCUCAUCCAAUUUGUAAUAAAUCUCCAUUCGUUUUUGCAUUGAAGAUUUCAUACUAUGGUGUAUACUAACUAUCCUACUACUGAGUAUAGUAAUAAUUUAAGCAGCAGGCGCGACGUGAUGAAAAUAAGAGUCCACUACUGCCUAAUCUCCCUUGUUCUACAAAUACUACUAUUAACUGGAGAUUCUGCUUUUGGCUUAGAACCUGGAAUGUCCAAUGAUCUCAAAAGAUUCCACUUUCCGGAUCAAUUCCUUUUUGGAGCCGCCACCUCUGCUUACCAGAUUGAAGGAGCUUAUCUUGAAGAUGGUAAAGGGCUUAAUAAUUGGGAUAUCUUUUGUACCUCCAAAGGGAAAACACACGCUGGGGAGACUGGAGAUGUUGCAGAUGAUCACUACCACCUUUACAUGGAAGACAUUGAUCUGAUGCAACGUCUUGGGUUGGAUGCAUAUAGACUUUCCAUCUCAUGGGCCAGAAUCUUACCCAAGGGGAGAUUUGGCGGUGUAAAUCAAGCUGGUAUUGAGUUUUACAACAAUGUUAUAGAUAAUGUGAUAUCCAAAGGAAUAAAACCUUUCGUAACGAUCCAUCACCAUGACUAUCCACAAGAACUUGAGUACAGAUAUGGAGGUUGGCUUGAUUCCGAGAUGCAGGCAGACUUUGUGUACUUUGCUGAAAAAUGCUUUGAGAGUUUUGGAGAUAGAGUGAAGUACUGGAUUACAAUCAAUGAGCCAAACUUAUUUUCUGGCAUGGCAUAUGAGAAGGGGAUCUAUCCACCUUCUCAUUGUUCGCUGCCAUUCGGAAAUUGCACUUCAGGCAAUUCAGAUGUUGAGCCUCUUAUUGCAAUGCAUAACAUGUUGUUGGCACAUGGCAAGGCCGCAAAGGUGUACCGUGAGCAAUUUCAGCCUAAACAAGGUGGAUUCAUUGGAAUAACUGCACACAUGUUCAUGUACGAGCCUUUUUGUAAUGAUGAUGUGCAUGAUCACGAAGCUGUCAACAGAGCAUUAGCAUUUAAUGCGGCUUGGACAUAUGAUCCUUUAAUAUAUGGUGAUUAUCCUCCUGAAAUGCAUUUCUACCAUGGGAGUGAAUUACCAAACUUCACCUCAGAGGAAAAAACCCUUGUAAAAGACAGUGUCGACUUCAUUGGCAUAAACCAUUAUGGCACUUUGUAUGCAAAAGAUUGCCUUUAUUCAAGCUGCAACUGCACUGGAUCUAGCUGUAGCAAAGGUGCAGACCGAGUUAUAGAGGGAUUCUUGUAUACUACUGGAGAGAAAGAUGGUGUUCCGAUUGGAGAACCGACAGGCAGCCCUCGGUUUUUUAGUGUUCCUAGAGGAAUUGAAAAGAUUGUGGAUUAUGUUAAGGAAAGAUAUCACAAUAAGCCCAUGUUCAUAUUCGAGAACGGGUACUCUUCACCAAACAAGACAACAUUAGCUCUUGAAGUAGAGCUUGACGCCAAGAGAAUAGAGUAUCAUAAAGCAUACCUUUCCUAUCUGGCUCAAGCAGUGAGCAAUGGUGCUGAUGUGCGUGGGUAUUUCAUUUGGAGCUUGCUGGACUCGUUUGAAUGGAUUGAUGGUUAUGAGACGAGAUUCGGGCUGUAUUACGUAGAACCUCAUACUCUGCGUCGAGUCCCCAGGCUCUCUGCCACCUGGUACCGGGAUUUCCUCAGCAAGAUGAAUCUCCGCAACAUGGAAUAGGCAAAUUUGGCUAUGUUUUGAUUGGAGAUGAAUCUCAACAGAUACCGCAGAAGAAGUACUGAUACAGUUUCAUACUUUUCCUAUGCCUGUUGUAUGUUUUUUGUGCGUGUCUAAAUCCUCAUUACUUGUUAUAUGUGUGUAUACCAUUGAGCAAAUGGGAACUGGGAAGCUAACUGGCUGGCAGCAAAAGCUAAGCUAGGCAGGUUUCAAAGUGGUUUAUAUGUUGUAGUGUUGUACAAUAUACGUCCUUUGCACUUCAAUGUGAUUGGAUAAUUUAUUGUAGCAUAUGUAAUGCUCUAAAAAAUGGGAUGACACCCCAUCCCUAAGGGCCCUGUAGGACCGACUACACAGUUAUCUGGAAGGACCGAAGGAUGUUAGUUGAGCUUUGACUUCACGCUAAUGGAAAGAGAAUGGGGUUGUCUUUUCGUUGAGUAAUAAUCAGAAUGAGUUGAGACACAAUUGCGAGUUGAUUGGGAGCAUUGGAGGUCGAUAAGACGCCAAUGAUGGAUUGUCGAAGUUUUAAGAGCUUGAUUGGCUACGGGAUCGAACGAAGACUUAGGACAUGUUUACUUCAGAGCUUUUCGCAUGUCAUUUUCUCAAUUUAUGUGUAAAAGACGGUUUAGCCUCAUUAGGUGAUGUUAUGGAAUAUGGAGAACGUGAAGGGGGCAAUGGACUGAUUUGGGGUAAUAAUCAACUGAAAAGGCAAUGACGUCAAUAGUAAUCUUGUAGUUUGUUUUUUAUCCACAAUUGUAGGAGAGAAAAAUGCAUAGCCAUGCAUACUUGUUCAACAAAAC